AUGGAGCUGCGGACCCCGUCGCACCUGUGUGCCGGAUGCGGCGGUGCGUCUCUGCAUGUCCAAAGGUGGCCAGAGGCCCGAAGACAUGCAGGCAGUCGAGAGGCAGAGAAGCCGAAGCAAAGCAUCCAGACUCAAAGCGCUUUCGCUUUCGCCGCUUGCCUUGGCCUUGGUCUUCCGCUCCUUCCGCUUCGGCGCUCGGGGCGUGCCUUGGCCCUUCGGCAUCGAACUGCGAACGCAGCUGCCCCACUGCUGGUGCUCGAUGAUGCUUCUCUCAAGCUAAAAGUGAUCCUGCUGGAGCGCGGAGCUUCUGGAAGGGACUCUGAUGUGCUGGUGGCUGAGGUGGGCGACGACAACACAGACGACUGGAAGCCGGUGCGGCUUCAGGCUACGGAUGAGGACAAGUGGGAGGACACUGAAGCCGAGGUGUCCUUGACCAUGUCAGACUCAGAGCUCUUCGCGUCUCUGUGCCCAGCAAGAGAGCCUGCGACAGACUUCAGUAUGAUGGCACCGAGCUGGCCCCGAGUCAUCAGCGACAGCCUCGGGCCGUGGCCCCUGAAAGGCCCCGGCUACGUCCUCUUCGAUGCCCAGCGCCUGGGCGAGGUGGCGGAGCGGCUCAGCGAAGGCCGGGGCCCGGUCGUGAUUCCAGGAGGAGCCGAAGAACUGGACUUGCCAAGCACUGUGAUGGUACAGGACUUGUUCCCCUGCCUGAUGGGAUCUUCCCUGCCAGACGUUUUCGGCGCAGAGUUGGAAUCCCCGCAGUUGACGUACGAGGAGCUACUUCAGGUGUGUCCUUUGGGGGGAACUGGUGCUGUUGACCUGACUCGAGUGACGCGAGUGGCUGAUGGUCGAGUGGUUGACCUGGGAGAGCAGCCCUUCAACAUGCAGUACAUGUCGCGGCGUUGGUCAAGGGGAGCUGUCAUCAAAGCCGUGGGGAAAAAUGGCGUGGCCGAUAGGGCGGGCAUCAAGGUUGGCGACAUCAUAGUUACCAUCAAUGGGGAGGCAGUGCUGAACGCAACACUGGAACGCGUUGAGGAGCUUCUUGCGGCCGACCUCCCAGUACGUUUGGAGGUCGCGCAGCCCGUGCUGGAGGAACCGCUCUACAUCCGAGAGGCCUCCACGGAGCUGCUCACCCGACUCGCAGACGACGCUUCCGAAAAAGCCGCGGCAGAGUUGCUGCCCAAGGUGUCAGAGCUCAUGGAUGGCUUCCGCAUGAACGAUGCUCUGCCUCAGGUCUUUGCCGGAGACGGAGGUUCUGCCUCGCACGUCCACAUGGACCUGGUUCCCAUGGUCCAAAUGUGCCACGUCGUGCAUGGCAUCAAGAUCUUCGGCGUUGAUGCCACGUGCGGGGACGACGUGAAGCCAUGGGUCACGAGAUUUCGUGGGCCGUCCGCCGACACCGAGGUUGCCUUGCACGUGGAUCAGCCCAUAGAGCAGGAACAUGCCGAGUGGCUAGCCAGUCGCGGGGUGAGCAUCGCCGUGUGCAGCCCCGGAGAUGUGAUGCUCUUCUGGGGAGGCAACCCGCACUUUGGAGCCAACGGCCUGGGUGCCGGGACUUGCAGAGCCAGUGUCAUGAUGUGCUUCGGCUCUGGAUUCUCGUUUGGCAGCAAUGUGAAGAAGGACCAUGUCGCUGGCUUCAAGCGUUCCAGCCUCUAUGCCAUGGACUGGGCAGGUGAUAAGCUCCUAGUCGCCGCAAAGGACGGCCCGGGCAUCCGGUUGCAGGACGUCGAGAGAGGCGAGGAGGAGCGGAGCUGGCCGGGAGAGUGGAUGAGCAUCCGCACGGAUCCCAACGAUCCCCGCAUAGCUGCCGCCGUGGCCUGGAAUGGCAAGUUCAAGAUCUUCGACACCAGAUCUUCAAGUAGCUCCGUGUUCGACGUGGACCUGAAAAAGACGGCCCCCUCGAUGCGGGACUUUCUGCAUCUUUGCUGGUCGCCUGACUCAAAAAACAUAGCCCUGAGCAAUCGCAAUGACCAGAUCUACCUUCUGAACCUGAAGACUCCGAAGGGCGACAACUGCCUGAAGCUAGGCUCGUCGAAGAGUCUGAACGUGGAGGUGAACCAGAUGGCAUACACCCCGAGCGGAGAGAGUUUGUGGGUGGCAGCUGGCGGAACACCAGGCAAAAUCCACAUCUUCCCCUCGCACACGCUCCAAAGCGGCGAGGACCAGGUCAUUGCACACAACUGGACGGCCAUCUCGAUGGCAUGUGAUCCCACAGGCCACUACAUGUGCACAGGCGGAGCGGAUGGUCUCAUCUGCGUUUGGGAACACAGGCAGCCGCUGUGCCUCAGGUGCUUCCUUCAUCCGGGGCAGGUCAUUACGAAUGUAGACUUCAACUACAAUGGCUCGCUGAUUGCAUGGGGUACUGGGGCAGGUGAGAGGAGUCUCACGUUGAUGGGUUCCAACACGGCCAUCCCGUACUACCAGGAUCUCACCCCUGCGACAGUGACCUUUUUGAGGUGGCAUUCGUCCAAGAAUGUCCUUGCCUACAGCCUGAAUGCGAGUCAGAUGCCAGAAGAUCGACCACACAGAGAUCGCCGUGGCUACAACAAAGAUACUCCCAUUAUCCAGCUUCUGAAGGAAUUCAGCAACGUUGAGUUCGUGGUUGUCGAUGUUGACAAAUCCGAGGAGAUCGCUGAUUCCGCCAGUAUCGAUGCAGUUCCCACCUUCUUGGUUUUCAAAGGGGAUGCACAGGUAGGCGAGCUUGUUGGUGCAGAUGAAGUCAAGCUGAAGGAGUUGAUCCAACAGCAAAAGUGA